CCUUUUCCCACAAUCCACCUGUUCUGAAGAGACUAGGCGCCUUUUGCCGUUCUGAAAUGUUAAACAAGGAGGAGGGAACAGGCUCAACUUUAAAGAAGACAUCUAAUGCAUGCAUAUCAUAACACGCUGGCUUUGUGGGGCGAUACGUCUGUCUGUCAUUACUCCAGUUAACGGUCUUUAACAUUAAUUAACACCGACAUGGCUCCGUUCAGCUUAUUAACAGCAAGUGUUAGCCUGUUGGCUAAGUCCUUCAGUGUCUUCUCCUGCACAAGCACUCUGGCAAGGUGUACCAGUGUCCUGCCUGUUUCAUAUGCCAGCCCGGUGAGAUGUCUGACGUCUCAGGCCAGCGGCCCCCCAAAGAGGCCUCUGAAUGGAUACAUGAGAUUUGUUAUGCAACAGAAGCCAGUCAUAACCAGACAAAAUCCAGAAAUAAAAGCAGUGGAUAUCAUUAGGAAGAUUGCCCAGCAGUGGAGAAUGCUGAGCCCUGAACAGAAAAAGCCUUUUGAGGAGGCUUUUCUACGGGCCAGGGAGCAGUUUAAGGUGGAUCUCGAGCACUACCAGGCCCAGCUGACCCCAGCACAAGUUCAGCAACAAGCCCUGGAGAGGAGGCAGAGAAUGGCCAAGAGGAUGGCCAUCCGCAAGAAGAGGGAGUUAACCAACCUUGGGAAGCCCAAACGUCCUCGCUCUCCCUUCAACAUCUUCAUGUCGGAGCACUUUGAGGAGGCCAGAGGAGUCACCACACAGGCAAAGAUGAAGUCUCUGUUGAACGACUGGCAGAAUCUGUUCAGCCACCAGAAACAGGUCUACACACAGCUGGCUGAGGACGACAAAAUCCGCUAUAAGAACGAGAUGAAGUCGUGGGAGGACCACAUGGUGGAGAUUGGACGAGAAGACCUGAUCCGGGAGCAGACCCUGUCUAACAAGAAAAAAUCUGCUAAAACUGCAGCGGCGAAGAAACAAACAAAGAAAGCUACAGCUAAAGCAAAGAAGGGCAGUGCCACAGGAAAGGCAAAAACAACCAGGAAGACAACGAAAAGUAGCCCAGCAAAAACUGUCAGGAGUACACAUAAGAGUAAGACAUAAGAUGUGUGUAUCUACUGAGCCUAGAGGGAAAACAAGUGUUCAUGACAGCUGAAGACAGGAGUUCUGAGAGGGCUGUGCCCUGCUCGUUUUUUCCCUUGAACCCGAAAGUCACAAAGUUGUCAUCGAUGCUUCUUAAGGUUCGACAGGGCAGACUUUUCACAGCAUUCAGACAUAUUAAGAUAAUUUCACCACACCCCACUAAACACCUCUGUUUAGUGAAAUGACACCUGGUAAUGAUUUUUACCAGGUGAGUUUAUUCUCAUUCCCUCCACAGACAUGUCCUGGCUUUGAGUGGUAGAGUGAUGUAGAGUUCCAGACUUAAAAAGUGAGUUACUUGAUGAAAUGUAAUGAUUUUAAAAGACAUCUGAGUGAAUAUGAGAGGCUCAGAUACUGUUAUCUGUCUGCAGUGUUAAACGUUUCCAUGGCCCUGAGUGUAACCACAGUAUACUUGAGGGAAAUAUAAAGCUUACUGUUGCCACCUCAAUAACAACCAUGUGCUCUGUUUUUGGUACAGUGCGUCAUACAGAGUGUUGAUGUAAAGAAUAAGUCUGGUGUGAUUGUUAACAAAUCCAUGAAAAGUUGUGUGUUAGUCUUUCUCUCAGUACUUCCUGACCUCCCUGCUGUCUGUCUGUCCUGGCACUUAGCCCAUUGGUUAUACUGAAGACGGACACUUUUGAAAAUACCUCUCGAUUAUGUUUUGUUAUUUUUGAAAAAAGGUUGUGAAUUUCCAAAAACAGAGGGAGUAGGUAGGUUGGGGACUAUUUUCAGUGGUAAAUUAAUCUGCAUUUGAGUGUUUGUGGCAGCUGGAAGUGUGUGCGUGGGAUGAGUCAAAAUAAACGACAGUGUGUUCCUGUUAAUGAAGGAUCAUGUCACCCAGUGCAACACUGGUGUGUUUUGAAUCGUUUUUGGAAACGGUGGAGCUCUUUGACGUGCAGUAUUACAAACAGUGGGGACGUCAGAAAGUGUUGAGGACUUAACAAACUUGAAUUUGAGCUUUUCAUGGGAGAAUAACAGCAGCUUUAUUCUUGACAGAGUGUGUCACCUGUGGAUGUGUGUGCUCCACAGCAUAGAUUUCUACUCUGAGAAAAUUGCUGUUGGCUGCAGAUUUACAAACAUCACUCACUGUAUAGAUCAGACUGUACUCAGUUCCCAUGAAUGCAACCUGGCUGAAUUUUUUUUGUAUCAUUGCUGUUGUUAGUUUUGCAUAAGCUUGUACAGUCACAAUGUCAAACUGUGAAAUCCUGCUAUUUGUCAUUUACGGCAUAAGUAACAUUAUCAACUGACAUUUUGGGUUUUAAACACAAAAAGUUCCAAAUUAUGCAUUGUUCCAGCUUUAUAUGAGAUGCUCUGUUCUCUA